AUCUCUUCAUUGAGAGCCAAUUAUCUCGCUUUUGUGUGAGGCCCAGGGAUCACUCAUGCUGCCAGGCUGCACAGAGCCCUGCUAGAUCUGGCUGAACGAAUUGUUUUUUCUCUCUCUCUCUGAGUGUCAAGAAUUUCUGUACAGGACAGAUUAUGACAACUUCUUUCUCAAGACUGUCAUCUUCAGCCCUAACUCAGAAGUUGAAAUCAUCAAUGUAUUCAUCAUCAAUCAAACAGGAGUGAAGGGGAGAAUGUUUAAAUUUCAUCAAAUAAAACAUACUUUUCAAAUAUUGGAUAAAAUGAGAUGCUUGCGAAAACGUUCUACAGUUUCAUUCUUGGGAGUUCUCGUCAUUUUCCUCUUAUUUAUGAACUUGUACAUUGAAGAUAGUUAUGUUCUGGAAGGCGACAAGCAACUAAUAAGGGAAACAUCCACACAUCAGCUGAAUUCAGAACGCUAUGUUCACACAUUCAAGGUUUUAUCUAAUUUCUCAGGAACCAUAAAUGUCACCUACCGCUACCUAGCUGCCACACCUUUACAAAGAAAGCGGUAUCUAACAAUUGGACUUUCAUCAGUGAAACGAAAAAAAGGAAGUUAUUUACUUGACACAAUCAAAUCCAUUUUUGAGCAGUCCAGCUAUGAAGAAUUGAAGGAAAUAUCAGUAGUGGUUCUUCUAGCAGACUUUAAUUCAUCUUGGCGUGAUCUUAUGGUCCAUGAUAUUACACAGAAAUUUGCUCAUCAUAUUAUUGCAGGAAGAUUAAUGGUUAUACAUGCUCCUGAGGAAUAUUACCCUGUUCUGGAUGGUCUUAAAAGAAACUACAAUGAUCCAGAAGAUAGAGUCAGGUUCCGUUCCAAGCAAAAUGUAGAUUAUGCUUUUUUGCUUAACUUUUGUGCCAAUACGUCAGACUAUUACGUGAUGCUUGAAGACGAUGUUCGAUGUGCCAAAAAUUUCUUAACUACUAUCAAGAAAGUCAUUGCAUCUUUGGAAGGAACUUACUGGGUAACCCUUGAAUUUUCUAAGCUUGGCUACAUUGGGAAACUCUAUCAUUCUCAUGAUCUCCCACGCCUGGCACAUUUUUUAUUAAUGUUUUAUCAAGAAAUGCCUUGUGACUGGCUAUUGACUCAUUUCCGGGGACUACUUACUCAGAAAAAUGUGAUCCGAUUUAAGCCAUCUCUCUUUCAGCACAUGGGUUAUUAUUCAUCCUACAAAGGAACUGAGAAUAAGUUGAAAGAUGAUGACUUCGAAGAGGAAUCCUUCGACAUCCCUGACAAUCCCCCUGCAAGUCUCUACACCAAUAUGAAUGUGUUUGAGAAUUAUGACGCAAGCAAGGCCUAUAGCACUGUUGAUGAGUACUUCUGGGGCAAGCCGCCUUCAAGGAGAGACACAUUCAUCAUUGUAUUUCAACAUCCCAUUGUAAUCAAAAAAAUUAAAGUGACUACUGGAAGUGAGGAUCGACAAAAUGACAUUUUGCAUCAUGGAACACUAGAUGUUGGGCGAAAAAUGGGUGUCCAACACCAAAGACAAUGCAAUUCUUACAUAACACUAGGGGAGUUCAAAAAUGGAAACUUUGAAAUGUCAGAUGUAAAUCAAAAAGUCCCAUUUGAUGUACAUUGUAUGAGGAUAUUUGUUACCAAAACACAAAAGGAAUGGCUAAUUAUUAGAAGUAUUAGCAUUUGGACUUCCUAGCCAAUUAAAUCACUAUGUGCUGUU